AUGCCAUUUGGUGAAGUUGAAGAUAAAGCCCUGGCUCAGGGAAUAGAACCACUGAGUGAACCAUGCUACAAAAGAGUGAAGUCAGCUGAAGAAGAGGCUGAUACUCCGGCUCAUUUGCACACAGUCGAGGAGGAGGCGGGCUCUGGCUGGGCACCUGUCCCACCUGUCCCUGUACUCGGUCACCAACUUCAGGAAGACACAAGGGAAACCACAGAGUUGCCGAGACCUCUGGGCGGCCUGCGUUCUCCAGGGGUCUCCAGAGAAGACGGCAUCUACAGUACCAGCACAGCAUUUAUUGGACCCCUCUACAAGCCCUCAAAGAGGAAAGGUCACGUGAGAAGGAGCCAGGCCAGCACUCCUUCUACUGCAAGUGACAUCCAAGGCCAGAAGGAGGAACAUGAGGUAGACUUGAUGGACAGUGAAUUGUCCCAAUUCUACAGAGAAAUUGAAGCACUCGAAAAGACCCCUGAGGAUUUGGAAAGCAGCUGGCAGGACCCUGCGCCUUGUGCCCCCAGUGAAGAGCCAGGUCCUUGUCCACAGGGCCAGCCUGGUGACCUGCCGGGGGUCAGCGAGCAGCCUGCCAGCGACGAUGUGGCCUGGUCCCCUGGGGUUUACCCACAGUUUGUAGAGAGUACACCGGUGGGCUACCCUUGUGCCAGGGGGUCAGGCCCACUGUACUCCGAGGCCACCUUCGCUCCCUUCCGGCCGGGCUGGCAAUACAUGCCCGCCUUCCUCAUGCCCGAUGGUCCUGCCCCACAGUUUCCACCUGGCAUCAGCUAUCCUGUCCACGUACAGAGAUUCCAAGUCCUGCCAGAUGCCCCACCAACCAUCUUCCAGGUCCCCGACCACACUCAGGUGUGGAACGGCUACUAUAUGGACGCUUGUCCCUCUGGGUGGAGCAGCCCAGCGCCAGGGCAGGCCAGUGGAUGCCCCGGGGGUCUCUGCAGAGAUGGCCACAGUGAGCCCCCUGGACAGGCACCGUGGGACAACUUUGGAACUGGGGUGGGACACUGGGAAGAUCCACCCAGGGACGUGUGUCCCGAGACAGACACACUCGUGAAGCAGGAGUUCCAAGAGGAGAAGCUGGAGAAGCUGCAGAAGUUGUUGAUCCUCCUAAGAGGCCUGCCAGGCUCUGGGAAAACCACGUUGUCCAGGACCCUGCUCGGUCAGAGCCAGGACGGCAUUGUGUUCAGCACCGACGACUACUUCCGCUACCACGACGGGUACAGGUACGACGUGAACCAGCUCAGCAACGCCCACGACUGGAACCAGAGCAGAGCAAAGCAAGCUAUUGCUCAAGGAAGGUCUCCGGUCAUCAUUGACAACACUAACACUCAGGCCUGGGAGAUGAAGCCGUACGUGGAGAUGGCCAUAGGAAGAGGAUACAGAGUCGAGUUCCACGAGCCUGAAACCUGGUGGAAGUUUGAUCCUGAAGAAUUAGAAAAGAGGAACAAGCAUGGCGUGUCUCGGAAGAAGAUCGCUCAGAUGUUGGAGCGCUAUGAGUUCCAGAUGUCCAUCGCGAUUGUCAUGAACUCAGUGGAGCCAGCCCACAAAGGCGCUCAGAGACUUCCGCCUCCAGAGUGGAGACCGAGGUGCCAGGAAGGCAGCCAGGAAGCCCCUGAGUGUGAGGAGAAGGAGGUGGAGCCGAGCCGAGAGGAGCUUCAGCGUGCCCGCACUCAGCGUGCCUCCGCUGCUCCACAUCCAUCGAUGCAGAAGAGAGAGAUCAGACGGACACGAUUCCUCGGCCAGCAGCGCAGAUCUAAGACCUCCCCUCGAGUUUCCAUUGAGGAAGAAGUGGACACUGCCCAAACCAGGAAUUGGGCUUUCUCCUCAACGAGCGGAUCUGACCACUGGCUGCCGGUGGGCCCUGUGGAGCAGUGCUGGCCUGAGGAGUCCCCACCUCCGGCUCCCUCUCUGACGCCGCCAGACUGCAUGGUCCCCCUGGAUUUGAACACGAUGAAGCUCCUCUAUCUCCAGUGGAAAACAUCGGUGGAGAAAAGACAGAAGAAGAUUGCUUAG